ACCUCUCCAGACACCGCUAUCCCACGGGGGAAGUUGAGAGUGACCCUUGUGGAAGCCAGAGGCUUGAAUGUUACCUCCCAGGCAGCGCAGCCAUACGUCGUCUGCACCUUCGAAGCCUCGGAAUUUAUCACCCACGGCCCGGAGUCUGUCGACAACCCGAACCAAAACCACCUCGCCGUGCCUGGUAACCAGUUCAGAAAUACUUCCUCCGCGAAACCUAUCCAAACCAAGCCGGCCUAUCUGCGCCAAGCUUCCACCCAAAACUUGGCCACCAAUAACUUGAAUGCGUGUGCGAGCGGUGCUAAUCCUUCCUGGCAGCACCAAACCACCUUUGACGUCUUGGCAGCCAACGCUGAGUUGGUCAUUUCGCUUUACGACGCCAACGCCGACCACCAAUUCAUGGGCCAUGUCCGGAUCACCCCGCAGACGAUCACUGAUGACCGCAAGUCACACGCUGCGUGGUUGCAAUUGGAGCCAAGGGUUAUGGGCGAGUCUGUCAGUGGCCAAAUCAAGGUGAGAUGGCAAUUCAUGACCACUGGAAAACGUCACUAUGGCCCAGAGGACUUUGAAGUCUUGAGAUUGUUGGGUAAGGGAACCUUCGGUCAGGUGUUCCAGGUACGUAAGACGGACACCGACCGAAUCUACGCCAUGAAGGUUUUAUCCAAGAAGGUUAUCGUUCGCAAGAAGGAGGUGGCCCACACCAUUGGGGAGAGAAACAUCUUGGUUAGAACCGCCUCUGCCUCCUCUUUUAUUGUGGGGUUGAAGUUCUCGUUCCAAACCCCGUUGGACUUGUACCUUGUCACCGACUACAUGUCUGGUGGUGAGCUAUUCUGGCACUUGCAAAAGGAGGGCAGGUUUGCCGAGGACCGUGCCAAGUUUUACAUUGCCGAAUUGGUUCUCGCCUUGGAGCACUUGCACGACAACGAUAUUGUGUACAGAGAUUUAAAGCCAGAAAAUAUCUUGUUGGAUGCCAAUGGGCACAUUGCUUUGUGUGACUUUGGGUUAUCCAAGGCUAACUUGGCUUCCAACGGUACCACCAACACUUUCUGCGGUACUACCGAGUACUUGGCCCCCGAAGUUUUGUUGGACGAGUCGGGAUACACCAAGAUGGUUGAUUUUUGGUCCUUGGGUGUUUUGAUUUUUGAAAUGUGCUGCGGUUGGUCUCCGUUCUACGCCGAGAAUACCCAGCAGAUGUACAAGAACAUUGCCUUUGGGAAGGUUAGAUUUCCAAAAGAAGUUUUGUCUGCCGAAGGGAGAUCCUUCGUUAAGGGCUUGUUAAAUCGAAACCCAAAGCACCGGUUGGGCGCUACCGAUGAUGCCCGUGAAUUACGGGCCCACCCAUUCUUCCACGACAUUGACUGGACCUUGUUGAGAGAAAAGAGAAUCCCGCCUCCUUUCAAGCCUCACUUGGCUUCUGAACUUGACACUUCCAACUUUGACCCAGAGUUUACCCAGACAUCUGCUUCGGUGAUCAAUAACCAGUUCCACUUGGCCACCACUCCGUUGUCUCCUGGCCUCCAGGCAAAUUUUAGUGGGUUCACGUAUGUCGACGACUCGGCUAUGGACGACCAUUUCCACUCGUCGAGUAACUUCAACUCCCACCGCAAAAUCCAAAACUCGUUCAGGGCCCCGGGCUCGUUUAUCCCGGGCAACCCUAACCUUCCACCAGAUGAGGAUGCCACCAUUGAUGAAGAUGAGUCAAACAAUGGUCACUUGAUGGACAUUGACGAAGAUCACAAUAUGGACGACGAUGAGUUUGGCGGUCAAUUUGAUCUUUAG